AAUGUUCCACGACAACGAAGGACUCGAUCUGCAGUGGCAAUACACCGUUCUGUUUGACCACCAUUCUAGGAGCAGCUAAAAUGACAGUUGUUAAAAGUUGCGGUUCAGACAGCACGUGCCGCAACGUUUGGUGGCAAAGGACCAAACCGAAUCCCAGUUGCAGCCGACCAGCGAUCGAGCAUGGCCACCUCUCUCCAGGUGUCACAUGCAGGUUCUGUUGCUCUGGGAUACGCUGUAAUGCCGACGUCUACCCAAAACAUCUCGUAAGAUACAAAGAUCAACCCACAACGAUUGCAACGACGACUAUAGCAACUACUACAACGACUGCAGCAACUACUACUACGACAGCUUCAACUACAACAGUAACCACCACUGCAGCUACCACAGCCCGGAUUACUACAAAGAAACAUCACAUUAAGAUCCCAAGUGCUUCCAUGUGUCUAAAAUGUGAGGACGACCCAGCGCGUGGCAUCAAGUGUGAUGAAACGAGCCAGUUCGGCGUCUGCAACAAAUCACAUCCAUUCUGCAUGACUAGUUAUACUGGAACGAACGGAAGUUACGUCAUAAAACGAGGGUGCGCCACAGAAAAGAAGUGCUAUUCCAGCUGGUGGAUGAAAUCGAGGCUAAACGGAGACUGUCUGCAGACGGAUCUGCUGAACAGGACCUCACGUGACCGUCUGGAGUGCCACUACUGUUGUCGGGCCCCGGACACUACACAUGCGUUUUGUAACCGACAGAGUGGUGUACUCCUUCCGGCAAAUAUCAUCCUGUUCAACUCUACAGUUGUAGGUCAUCAGUGUGAGGUGACCGGAAAUGACAUCAAAAGUAACUCGAAGUCCAGUAUACAGCAGUGUGGAGCCAGAACUCCAUACUGUCUCAAUACCGUGGUUCGACGGCAAUACGGAAAUAAUACUGUUUACAAAAGAUGUGCCAGUGAAGCGGAGUGCUAUUCAAAGUGGUGGGAUUACACACGGAAGCAACACAUGUGUAUGUCUCUGUCUGCUGUAGGUGUCGGGAUUCUCGGCAUAAAUUGUACAUACUGCUGCGACUCAAACGCGACUGACGCAGUCUGUAAUAUCCACGACGUCCCAAGUGAGACAUUGCGUUUUCAAGUCUCAACCACGCAAGUUACAACGGCUACAGUAACACACACGAUAAAACUACUAACUAAUCCAGUAACGUCAACAAUGACCACACCGACAUCGCUAUUAACAACGACAAUGAAAUCUGUUGGACCCCAGUGUCAGGUUUGUGAGGACGAUCCCAGCACGGGGAAGACCUGCUCAAUGUCCGAUAUGGUCACGUGUCCUGAUGAUGAACCAUACUGCAAAAACACAUACAUAGUAUCGAUGAAUAAUACGAAAAGGAUUAUAAAGAGGUGUGCUUCUGACAGCGACUGUUACAUCGACUGGUGGCUAAACACCAGACACAAUGACCAGUGCAUGAAUAACACCGGGGCGCCCCCUGUCGGACGCCAUGGAUUUGUAUGUCGAUUUUGCUGCAAAUCCUUGACAUCGAAUGUAUGCAAUAUUGGACUGAUUCCCAAGAAUCUGCUACAGUAUGACAUAGCAACAACUGCUAAAACUACGCCAUUAACAACCAAGACAGCAUCCACGUCUGUCGCAGCAACAGCAUCUGUGUCCAAAACUACAAAAACAAAUAUUACAUUCGCAACAACAGCUACAUCUAGUGUGUCGCCAGCUGGACCCCAGUGUCAGGUUUGUGAGGACGAUCCCAGCACGGGGAAGACCUGCUCAAUGUCCGAUAUGGUCACGUGUCCUGAUGAUGAACCAUACUGCAAAAACACAUACAUAGUAUCGAUGAAUAAUACGAAAAGGAUUAUAAAGAGGUGUGCUUCUGACGGCGACUGUUACAUCGACUGGUGGCUGAACACCAGACACAAUGACCAGUGCAUGAAUAAUACCGGUGCGCCCCCUGUCGGACGCCAUGGAUUUGUAUGUCGAUUUUGCUGCAAAUCCUUGACAUCGAAUGUAUGCAAUAUUGGACUGGUUCCCAAGAAUCUGCUACAGUAUGACAUGGCAACAACUGCUAAAACUACGCCAUUAACAACCAAGACAGCAUCCACGUCUGUCGCAGCAACAGCACCUGUGUCCAAAACUACAAAAACAAAUAUUACAUUCGCAACAACAGCUACAUCUAGUGUGUCGCCAGCUGGACCCCAGUGUCAGGUUUGUGAGGACGAUCCCAGCACGGGGAAGACCUGCUCAAUGUCCGAUAUGAUCACGUGUCCCGAUGAUGAACCAUACUGCAAAAACACAUACAUAGUAUCGAUGUAUAAUACGAAAAGGAUUAUAAAGAGGUGUGCUUCUGACAGCGACUGUUACAUCGACUGGUGGCUGAACACCAGAAACAAUGACCAUUGCAUGAAUAACACCGGAGCGACACCUGUCGGACGCCAUGGAUUUGUAUGUCAGUUUUGCUGUAAAUCCUUGACAUCGAAUGUAUGCAAUAUUGGACUGGUUCCCAAGAAUCUGCUACAGUAUGACAUGGCAACAACUGCUAAAACCACGCCAUUAGAAACCAAGACAUCAUCAUCACACGCAAUGACGUCUGUGCUCACAACAGCAAUACCUCAUACUACAGCUGCCAUAACAUCGAAUGUCACUACAGCUGCAAUAACAACUAAUGUCACUACAGCUGCAAUAACAACUAAUGUCACUGCAGCUGCAAUAACAACUAAUGUCACUACAGCUGCCAUAACAUCGAAUGUCACUACAGCUGCAAUAACAACUAAUGUCACUACAGCUGCAAUAACAACUAAUGUCACUGCAGCCACGAAAACAACACUGACACCUGUCGUUCAAUGUUACGUCUGCGAAAACGGAUGUCCCUUCCUACAGAAGAGACAACUAUGCACUUCCGGUUACUGUCUGACCAGAGUAGUUGAUGAUGAGCUCUACACACGAACCAUACAGAAGCGAUGUGUUGACCGCCACGAGUGCUACACGAAGUGGUGGCUGCAGACCUCCGACAACGACAUGUGUCUGUCCCUCAUGACCAUGGGCGGCACCCCCAGCGGGGUGAGCAUACAGUGUGACUAUUGUUGUCAAGGGGACGACUGCAACAAGGACUUCUUUCCGCCCCAAGACACACUGUUUGAUCCAAGCUGAUCGUCAAGGAUCGGAUUACAGUGUGGUUGAUGGGUAGAUGAUGAGCUCAUAGUAAAUAUUAACAUGUGA